AUGUCGUUUGUACGCGUCAUCGUUCUCCUUUCUCUGACCUAUGCUGAUGCAGUACGUCCCAUGGCAGCUGAGACCGACGUGGACCUUGGAAACCAGUCCUAUCCAGACUGCCUCGGGAACCUUGGCAAGUGCUGCACGGUGAAAUGCAAUGGAAAGCACAAGUGGGUCGGAAAGACGGUCUUGACCUUUUCCGAUUGCCAACGGCAGCCGGGUGCGUUCAUCAACCCACAUACAAAAAAACCCAUGCGCCCGGGCAGCAUGAUGUUGAGCCACGGCGAUCUUCCCACGACGUAUGGUGACUACGUUUGUCAGGAAAUUUGCAAGAGCAGCGGCUAUGGACCUGACAACCAGGCCGUCAAAGUCUAUCGUGCCGGUGGUGAUCCAAACGAACCUCCAUUUUGCGGAAUCCCCAUGGGUGGCAUAGCUGGUCGUUGA